AAGAGUAUUUAGGUCAGGGUGAUCUGAGGCCAGAACGCUGUUGUUGCUGUUGAUCUUUUGAGACAACAAAAAUAACAACAUGCCAGUGUCAGAAUCGACACAACGUAUUGUGCCUGUCGGCGUUGACCGAGCAAUUUUUCCAGAGGCCGAAGCCGUGGCCAUGUCCAUUUGGCUGUCAUCUGACGCCGAAUCCUCCAGGAGAGUGCUACACGCUCUGCACAGCAAGAGCCAUUCGUGGAGAAGCCUCAUGAGGUCUGCGUCCUGGAUGUGGUUUGCCAUGUUCUUGUUUCUCUUUACUACGACUCUAUUGGCUAUGUUCGCCUGGAAACGUCUCAGCAACGGCACCGCUAACAAUGAAGAAAACCCUAACGACGCCGACAGCAAUAGCGCCUUCCUUGUUUCUGUCCUCAACGAGAGCCAACUGCAAGCCCUAAGUACUAUCUUUCCAUCAGGGAUAAGCGCACGCAAGCGAAGACCGACUAGCUCUUCGGCGCCAAAAGGAAUUAACGUCUCCGAUGACACGUACGAGCGUCUCCCUAAAAGCCACUGGACGGAAACGGCGCCAGCACCUCGCGACGAAAAUACCUCCAGUUCGGACUCAAUCUCGACUUCGAGAAGGAUAUUUAGUUCGUAUUUUAUCACGACAACCUCUCCUGACGGCGUGUCCCUUAACUCGGACCCCACGACAUGCGCAGACCAAGAACCACUGGUGAGAAUCGCCGUCAACAAGGCAGAAGCGGUUUCCGCGACUCGUUCGCGCGACGUCGUCUUCGUGAAUACCACUAAAGGCGCCGUCAUCGGGAGAAAACGGAAGAUCCACGGCACAGACGUGGCCGCUUUCCUCGGCAUACCAUACGCUGCGAACACGGGCGGCUCGAACCGCUUCUCUGCUCCGCAGCCCGCCGACGGGUGGGACGUCGCUCUGGACGCAUCGAAAGUGCGAGCGCCCUGCUAUCGCUUGCCGGAGCCCCGUUUAGACGAGCAUUCUCGCAGUGCCGAGCGCGGAGACGGCAGCAGCCACGCUCCGCCAUUGCCGUCCGAAGAUUGCCUGCACGUUAACGUGUGGGCGCCCAUGUGUAACAACUCGUACUGCACGGGGCUCACAGUGCUUGUCUUUAUUCACGGCGGAGGCCUUCGCGCGGGCGGGAACGCGGACCGUCUGCACGAAGGCGCAGUUCUGGCAGCUCAGGGCCAAGUUGUCGUAGUCGUGCCAAACUACCGCCUUGGUGUGCUGGGGUUUCCCAGCAGAGACAUAGUUGGUGCCGCCCGGAACCCGGGACUACUGGAUCUCGCGAUGGCACUCGGCUGGGUGCGCGAGAGCAUAGCCGCCUUUGGUGGAAGCGCAGAGAAUGUCGUCCUGUUCGGCAGCGGGUGGGGCUCUUACUUGGCCGGCCUAUUCCUGGUCUCACCGAAGCUCAGGAGCUACUUCGCCACGUUCAGGAUCAUCCUCGGCAGCGGAUCGCCCCUGCUCAAGUCUAGCCAUGAGCAGCAGACCGAAGAACACUGGAACGGCUUUCUCGGCGCCGCGGGCUGCGCUGACACUGACCAGAGUGCUACGCUGGAGUGUCUGCGAAACGCGACAGCUGCGAGCCUCGCCGUGGCACAAGACCAGUUCCCGGGCGCUGUCGGAGUGCUGUUUCCCGAUGACUUUGUGCUGCCGGAGCAGCCUGCGGAGUUCGUAGCUGAAGUCCGCACGUACUCGCCGGCCGAAGUGCUCUUGACUAAUGUCGUUUCGGAAGGACGGGCCGAAUACCAGCGCCUUCUCGAAAAUAAGUCGGGUGCCAUUGACUUUAGCGUCGAGAACCUAAUGAGUGUGGUUGGACUCUCCGCUUCUCAACUUGCCUACCACAACCAUGUGGAAUUGCAAGCUGCGGUGAGCAACCUGUACAAGGAACACGGCACAGGGCGCGGCAGCGUGGGCGCCGAGUUCCUGGGUGACGUGCGGUACAACUGCCCGUCCGUGCUGUUCGCGAAGAGACUGUGCAGGGGCCGGGCGCGCGUUGUGCAUUUGCUGAUCGCCGAGCCGGCUGCCGCCGGACAUAUGAGAAAUGCAACUCACGGCGAUGACGUGCCCUUGGUUUUCGGCGCGCCCAUCGCGAGCGUCGUUCGGGAGGGGACGGCGUCUUCUGCCGCCGGAGGAGACGUGGCCUACUCUCGAAGGGUCAUCUCCAUUUGGACAGACUUCGCCAGGAAAGGGUUCCAGGCCUUGUCGUCAGAGUUUCCGGCAUUUUGCGAUCCCGAAACCAACGGCACGUCUUCGGUGUUGUUCCACGAUCGCGUCAUUCGAACGAGGGGCUGGAAGCAGCGGCAGUGCGACUUCCUCAACCGGCACAUGAUGUACCACGCGACGCGAACGCUGGGGCCUUUGGCUUCGCUGCAACGUCACCGUGACCGCGAGUGACUCCGUCACAGCACAGCACCGCUGGACCCACAUCUGCCGGCCGGCGCAGUUUUGGCGAUCUUAACUGCGAUGAACUGGAAUCGCAACUUGGAAGCAUCGCUUGUGCAUACACGAGUCGCGCAGAACGUUCGGGUGUCCAUGCGCUGUGUCAGUCGGCCGCUUUCCGAUACCAAACGCCUUUUUUCUUUUUUUUUCUCAUUUCGUUUCUCUUGAACGCGCGAUAUAUGUAAGAGCAGCACAGACAAUUAAGAACGCACUAAGGUCGUUGUUUCUUUUUUGCUUCUCCUGAACACGUGACAUAUGUAAAGGCAGUAUAUACAAUUCGCGCAUUUAGCCUAACUCUGGAAUCAACAUGCCACACCAAGAUUUUAUUUCUUUGACUUUUAUCGGCUGCUGAAUCUGAUCUUCCACGACACAACAAGUGACGCUUCAGUGCCAGCCAAGCAAUAACGCCGCGCUUCAAAUUGCUAUUCGUGUUUUUGUUUUCAGACGACGUUGUUUCCCGCUCAAUACGACUGGCUUCGGCCAUCUAGCGCCAUCUGCGAAAUAAUUCAGUCAGUUCAGCGGAAGGCAGUUCCAUUUUCACCUACUGAUCGUCGCUGCAGAGUCGAAAUCAAUAAAACUCAUUUGCAUGAA